UAUAAUUUUUAUUAAUUUAACGUUCACUAAUGCAAAGAUAACAAUAAGAAUCUAGUUUGUAAUAACGUCUAGGAUUUUUAUAACAGUAUCACAAGAAUCAUCCAAAUAUCACUGAGUUAAAACCUUUAAAGGAUUAUAAAACAUAAUUGAUUUCAAAGUAUCGUAUUACUUUAUAAUUUCAAAAGAAAACCUAAAGAACUAGAAGAAUAACCAAAGUUAUCUUUAAUGGAGAAUUUGAAUAGAAUAAAUAGUCUCUAUAAAGCAGUAUCUCAACCAAGAAUUGAUGCAAAGGAAGUAAAUCCGCCAUAAUAUUUUUACAAUUAUAAAUAAGUUUGUUAAAAACCAGAAAUAGCAAAUACAAAGGCUAUUAAAGAAAAUUAGAAUAUAAAAACAUUUUUAAAUAAUAAUAGUGAACUCUCAUUAAAAGAUUAUGAUUGGAAAUCCAAUAAAGGAAAUGUAAAUACAACAAAAUCUACAUCUCCAAUGGAUUUUAGUACAAAAAGUCCAUUAAACAAGGUAACUCGAACAGACUCACUUUUAGCUAAUAAAAAAACAAAUGAACCAGUCGUAACAUUUUUAAGAGGACUUUGUUGA